AACCCUAGAAGCCCCCCUGCCUCCUGCGCCUCGCCGCCGCCGCCUUCGUCUCCUGAGAUCGUAGAUCCGUCGUCGAGGAGGCAGGACGAGCUCGCCGCCAUGUCGUCCAGCGAGGUCGCCUGCACGCUCGCCGCCCUCAUCCUCCACGACGAUGGCAUCCCCAUCACCUCUGAGAAGAUCGCCACCCUGGUGAAGGCGGCCAACAUCAAGGUCGAGGCCUACUGGCCGGCUCUCUUCGCCAAGCUCCUCGAGAACCGCAGCGUCGACGACCUCAUCCUCUCCGUCGGAUCUGGUGGUGCUGCUGCCCCAGUUGCUGCUGCCGCUGCUCCUGCUGCUGGUGGUGGUGCUGCUGCUGCCCCAGCUGCCGAGGAGAAGAAGGAGGAGGCCAAGGAGGAGAGCGACGAUGACAUGGGUUUCAGCUUGUUCGACUAAGCAGAGCCUGCAGUUGAUAGCCAGUCCUCCGCCCAAUGCUUUGCAAGACUAUCUUAUGUUGUGUCUUUUAGGUUUUCACUUUUAAGUACUGGAAGUUUUGAGUUUUUGAUAUGGUGUCAUCGAGAAUCUGUCUUGUGGAAUGAGAACCUCAAACCUCCCUGGAUGGUCUACUUAUUAGAAUGAAACCGUUCUACAUUCUUAUAUCUAGCUUAUUGCUCCAUUGUUAAUUUAUAUCAUCUUGAUCCAUUAUUCCAUCUUC